AAAUGGUUACAGUUUACUCAUUUUGUUUCUAUACUCUCUUUGUAAUAAGUUCAUCUUCAGUAAUGUUUCAUUUCUAUUAAGUGAAAAAGAAAAACAGUUUUUAAUUCAGUUCAAGUUUUUUUCCACAUUUUGAGAAAAAUGCUUUUUAUAUAAAAAUUUUAAUUUCAUUUCAAAAAUAUGAAUUGCAAUUAUCAACAAGUCUCCGCUAAUGAUGCACUGGAAGGAGAUAAAUCGAAGUCUCGAAAUAAUAUUCUACAAUUCACUGCAACAAUUAGCGUUUGUAUUCUAACAAUUGGAAAUGGAACAGUUGACUCGUGGACAUCACCAGCACUUCCAUUUUUAACCAGCAAUAAUUCAGCAUUUCCAGUGACAGAUCUCGAAGGCUCAUGGAUUGCAUCAACAUCAGAUCUUGGUUCAGCAACCGGAAAUCUAUUAACACCAAUAUUCUCCUCUUUUUUGGGUAGAAAAAAUUCCCUAUUAAUAUUCGCCACAAUGGAAGUUAUUGCAUGGACAAUGAUAAUAUCAGCAAAAAAUAUAACAAUGCUCUACGCGGCACGUUUUAUUAGCGGUGUUGCUUGCACAUUGGCAAUAAGUUUCACAGUAAUGUACGUGGGUGAAAUUGCCGGCAAGGAAAUAAGGGGAAUUUUAUUAUUAAUCGUUCGUGUCUCGACACAAUUGGGAAGUUUAUUUGUCAAAAGUGUUGGCGCUUAUCUCACCUAUCAAAUGAUGAAUGUAUCAAUGAUUAUUAUUUUAGUACCAUUUUUUCUCACAUUUAUAUUCGUACCCGAGAGUCCGUAUUAUUUGUUAAUUAAAAAUCGUCACGACGAGGCGAGACGAACGCUUAUUAAAUUAAAGGGAACGAAUGAUAAGGAAUUAAUUGAUUUGGAAAUUUUGCGUGUGAAAGAAACGGUGAGUGAGACGAGAGAAAAUGAAAAAUGGGCAUUGUGGGAUUUAUUUUUCAUUAGUGGGAAUAGAAAGAGUUUUUUUAUUGUUCUACUUGUAUGGUGGACGAAAUUUUUAUCAGGCGAUACUUCAAUUGAUGCUUAUACGCAGGAGAUAUUUGAGUAUAGUGAUUUUUUUCUAUCGGCGAAAUAUUCGGCAAUUAUCUACGCGGCUAUUACGGUUGCGACACCAUUAUUGGUUACUAAAGUUAUCGAAAGGGCGGGAAGACGAAAAGUAUUUCUUAUUUCGGGAAUAUUUUCCACUAUUGGACUAACGAUUGUGGGUAUUUUCUUUUUUGUUAAAUUUUACCUGAAAAUUAAUACAACAGCGUUUAGUUGGAUACCGUUUGUUUUUUUGAUGUUCUAUAAUGUUGCUUCGAAUUCUGGUAGUAUUACUUAUGUGAUAACGGGUGAAAUGUUUGCCCUUAAUGUUAAGGAAACGGCAAUGAUGUGCGUUACACUGACCAAUGAUUUGCUGGCAUUUUUCGUUAAAGUCAUUUUUCAAUGGAUGAAUAAUUCUGCUGGUGUUUAUACAACUUUUUGGAUGUACGCAUUUUUUAGUCUCGUUGGCUCGAGUCUUUUUUUUCUCCUAGCCCCUGAAACGAAGGGCAAAACAUUGGAGGAGAUUCAGGAUAUUUUACAUUCGAAGAAAAAGAGAAAAACAGAGGCAAAAGCUUCGAAUACAGAAGAUGAAGAUUUGUAAAUAAAAAUAAUUUCUACUUUUGUACAAAUUUCCCCAUUUUUAUUGUAAAUUAUUGUAAAUGUUGUAGAUAGAAGAUUUACUGUAAAUUUAAUUCAAUUUAAAAAAUAAAAUAAAACAUUACUAUUAAUUAUUAAAGAACAGUCCAGCAUUAUUAGAGAAUAAUAGUAUAAUAGUAAUAAUAAAGACAGAAAAUCUAAUACUAAACCAUUUUCUGGGAAAUUGAGGUUAACUUCAAUAGACCGUGAAAAUAUAUCGAGAAUAUGAGACAAAUAUUAGAAUUUUUUCUACUUUUGAAUUUUUAAUUAUAACCAAGA